CAAUGUGUGUGUCCCUCAUUUUGUGUGCUCUCUUGGUGUGUAAAUUGUCAUUCUCCUACCUGUCGCUUUUCUGUAUGAAGAUGAACUCUGGCCUGAUUUCAACUGUCGUGCAAGUCGCCAUGGAGCUGAUGGAUUCUGACAGUGACGAAGAGUACGACGACUUAGUCGCUACAAUAACGAUGAAAUCAGCGAGAUUUGACAGAAAUCGCAUACCAAGGUAUUGUGAGGACGUUGUUGACCGGUACUUUGGUUUCGAGUUUAAACGGAUCUUUUGGCUGUCACGCGAGGCGUUCAGGGAUCUCGUUGCCCGCUACCAGACGUCCUCGUUCUUCCCCGAUUCUGCUGGUGGUCGCCCACGGAUCAGUGCCGAUAAGACUUGCUUGGUAGUGCUGAGCUACCUCGGUAGCCAGUCGAGUAUGUACUCCCUUGCUGACAGAUUUGAUGUAUCCGAGUCGUCAGUUCACACGUGCAUUGAGCGCGUAUUGGACUUUUUAAACAGCAUAAGCGAAGAAGUCAUUUCUUGGCCAGAGAGUCAUGAGCAAGAACGGAUCAAGACCGGCUUCUUGGUAAGGAGCGAAGGUAAAGGCCCGCGCAACACCAUAGGCUGUGUGGACGGUUGCCAUAUAGAGAUUAAAAAGCCGGAGGAGUCAUCGCAUUCGUACUUCAACCGCAAGAAAUUUCCAUCUGUGGUGCUCCAGGGAAUAUGCAAUGACAGGAACAAGUUCAUUGACGUUUUAGUAGGAUUUCCUGGAUCUGCACACGAUGCCAGGGUGCUUCGUGAAGGCCCUUUCUUCGAGGUAGCCCAGACAAAGUGCGCAGACGGUUACCUGCUUGGAGACUCUGCAUACCCCUUGCUUCCGUGGUUGUUGACGCCAUUCCGGGAUAAUGAGCAGACCUUUACAGUAUGGAAGAAGCGCUAUAACAAGUGUCAUUCUCAACAGAGGUCUGCCAUUGAGAAUGCCUUUGGCCAUCUGAAACAAAGGUUUCGUAGGCUUUACUUUGUUGACGCUGCUACAGUCAAACAGUGCUGCCUUAUAAUAAUGGGUGCUUGUGUGUUGCACAUGUGCAACGAAGAGAGGGAUUUCUUCAUUGAGCUCCAGGAAAUUGCAGAGUUUGAACAAGUUGGAAAUGAUGAUGAGAAUGAUGUAACGGACCGAAGUUUGGCUGCAUACAGUGAAUGUUUGAGAAAGGCCAUUGCUCAAACGCAUUGUUAG